AUGUCCCCCGUCGAGCGCAACAUCCUACUCAUGGCGAAAGCCAGCGCACGCAAACACCUACGCCUCAUCAGCGCCGAACCAGACUUCUACCUCGCGAAGCUAAAAUACGCCAUGGAUUUCGUCUGGGCCAAAUGCGCCUUCUGCUUCCUCCUCCUGCUAAAGCUCUCGCGGCUCCUGCCGGAACGGAAAGAAGAGCACCAGGAGCUGCUGGACCACGGCACCCGGCUGCUUGACGAACUGGCCCAGUCUGGGUCGAAUAGCGAUACUACCGGGAACGGGAACGUCUAUCUGCGGAUCUUGCGGUUGAGUAUUGAGAAGUAUGGGAGGACGGUGUUGGAGAAUGAGAUGGGGGCGGUGGGUGACCGGACGGCGGCGGAGGCGACACCGUUCUGGGAGCUGUUUGAUGCGCAGGCAGAUUUGCAGUCGUUUGUGCCGGAGCAGUUUGUGACGGAGUGGGAUUUUCCCGGGUUGAAUCUUUUCUAUUUUCCGACUGCGUGGCAAGAUUUCUUUGGGGAUUUUUCGUUGGCGGUGUGA